GCUCCGCAACCUAAACUCCAAUCUGGACAUACUCGCCAUGGUCAAUAUAGUAAAACGAAUGCGCAAGCUGCGUGAGCUAUUAUGGAUACGAGUCGGACCAGGCGCCCUCAUACUGCCAAAGGAGGUGACGAAGAUCAGCAUGGAGUUCAACACAAAAAUAAUCGGAGGACAUCGAGGGGCACGGAAGUUCUGGCGCGAAAUGCUCCCCCGAAUAAAAUACCGCAACCCUGCGCUUCCUAUCCAAAUCUCGCGGCAUAGCGAUCCCUCCGGACCCUCUCUCCUGCACAUUUACAUGUCCGCGAACCCGGGCUCGCAACCCGCAGCUACCUCCUCGCCCGCGACUACCGAAACCUCCACUCCUCCAUCGGGCACACCUAAUCCCCGCAAUACACUCACUCCAGACACGUCCACGCCGACGCACUCGAUUGACAUCAAAAUGAAAGGCGAGUCGGAGAUACUGGAUCAGCUGAUUGAGAAGACGGGCGCAGUGGUGAUCCAACCCACGCCACAGGAGCUGGGGGAGCUGGAAGAGAUCAAGGAGUUUAAGGAGCGGGCGGAGAAGGAUAGGGUGGAUGUGCGCGAGAAGCUGAUGAAGGAGCGGAGAGAGGAGGAACUCCUGCGGCUAGCAAGGGGUGAGGCUGCUGCUGCUACGUAGUCUGCGCGGGGAUUGGGAGGGUGACGGUUUGCGUUGGAGGCAUGCCUAGUGUAUGAUACUUGUAUCUAGGGUGGGUAGGUGGGUUAAGA